AAAAAAAAAAAAAAACUGCCGCUCAAUCUUCUUUAUUAGUCUUCUUCUUCUCUCUCAGAUCCACCAUCGAUAAUUCCUCUGCUUCUUCUUCGUUCAACUUCAACUUCGUUCGAAAUUUCGAAUCUUUCAAUAACAGGAAGAAGCAGCCAUUGGCUUUACUCAAAUCUCUGGCUAUGCCUGCCUCGAAGAAGAGUUCCGACAAGAACCAAAUAGGACAAGUGUUCAACAAGUUGUUGAAGAAUAUUGGAGAAGCAGAGGAGUUCGAGUUGCCUGAUUGGUUGAACAAAGGGAAACCAACUCCUUACAUCUUCAUCAAGCGCAAUAUAUACUUGACGAAGAAACUCAAGAAGAGAGUUGAGGAUGAUGGAAUAUUCUGUUCUUGUUCCUUGUCUUCUGACUCUUCUUCUUCAACUGUUUGUGGUAGUAAUUGCCAUUGUGGGAUGCUAUUCUCAAGCUGUUCUUCUAGUUGCAAGUGUGGGGAUGAGUGUAACAAUAAGCCGUUCCAGCACCGUUAUGUCAAGAAGUUGAAGUUGAUUCAGACUGAAAAGUGCGGAUCAGGGAUUGUAGCAGAAGAAGAGAUUGAGCAAGGAGAGUUUAUCAUUGAAUAUGUAGGAGAAGUUAUAGAUGAUAAGACUUGUGAAGAGAGGCUUUGGAAGAUGAAACACCGUGGAGAGACGAAUUUUUAUUUGUGUGAGAUAAACAGAGAUAUGGUGAUUGAUGCCACUCAUAAGGGGAAUAAAUCUAGAUACAUCAACCAUAGUUGCAACCCUAAUACGCAGAUGCAGAAAUGGAUCAUUGAUGGCGAGACAAGAAUAGGCAUUUUUGCAACCUGUGACAUUAAAAAGGGAGAGCAUUUGACUUAUGACUAUCAGUUUGUUCAGUUUGGUGCAGAUCAAGACUGUCAUUGUGGAGCCACGGGUUGCAGAAGGAAGCUUGGGGUGAAACCAAACAAACCUAAAUUACCCUCGGAUGAAGCUCUUAAUGUAGUGCUAUGUGAAGUGACCCAGACACAGCCCAAGGUGCAUCAGAAUGGAGCUAUACAUGAACAUGAAGGAAAGUCAUGGAACAAGCUUACUCAAGGGCAGCCAUGUCCUCGCAACUGCAUAGGUGUGGUAGUCAGGUUAUCUCGCCCCACGAGUGAUAGGUGUUUUGGCAUCAUUAGAAGGUUUGAUGAGUUUACAAGAAAGCACUCGGUGAUGUUUGAGGAUGGUGUUACUGAGUUUAUCGACAUGUCCAAAGAAGAAGAUUGGGAGAUUUUAUCUGACUAAUAGUGUUUUUAAGAUUUUCUUUGGAGUAAAAAGUUGAGAAAUCAGAACAAAUCUGUCAGCCUUUUAAGUUUGAUUUGGGAUUGGUGCAGUGACAUUGUUGUUGCAUCUAACUUAACCUGUGUCAUACCAGAAUGUAAUAUUAUACAUAACCAUAUUUGUAACUUCUUCUCAUUCCUUAUUUUUCGUCGGCAUCUCAAAGAUGAUCAUGACGAUGGCUUCCAAGAAACUUUGUGGUGUAUGUAUGACAUUGUUGUCUGUACUUUACUGUUGUUGUAAUCAAAGACUGCUCUACCUUCUU